AUGGCUUCCACACUCAGAAUCGGAACUUUCACCCUUCGUUCCUCCUCCGUCGCUGCUAAGCCAGUCGUCCAGUCCGCUGCCUUCAAUGGCUUGCGUUGCUACUCGACCGGCAAGGCCAAGUCCCUGAAGGAGACCUUUGCCGACAAGCUCCCCGAGGAGGUCGAGAAGGUUAAGAAGCUCAGAAAGGAAUAUGGCAACAAGGUCAUUGGCGAGGUCACCCUUGACCAGGUCUAUGGCGGUGCCCGUGGCGUGAAGAGUCUUGUGUGGGAGGGCUCUGUCUUGGAUUCCGAGGAGGGUAUCCGUUUCAGAGGCUACACUAUUCCCGAGUGCCAGAAGCUUCUUCCCAAGGCCCCCGGCGGCGAGGAGCCCCUCCCUGAAGGUCUCUUCUGGCUGCUUCUGACUGGCGAAAUCCCCUCCGAGCAGCAGGUCCGCGCCCUGUCUGCCGAGUGGGCUGCUCGUUCCGAUCUUCCCAAGUUCAUCGAGGAGCUCAUCGACCGCUGCCCCAGCACCCUUCACCCCAUGGCUCAGUUCUCUCUGGCCGUUACUGCUCUCGAGCACGAGUCUGCCUUCGCCAAGGCCUACGCCAAGGGUAUUAGCAAGAAGGACUACUGGAACUACACCUUCGAGGACUCGAUGGACCUCAUCGCCAAGCUCCCCACCAUUGCCUCCAAGAUCUACCGCAAUGUCUUCAAGGAUGGCAAGGUCGCUGCUAUCCAGAAGGACAAGGAUUAUUCCUUCAACUUGGCCAACCAGCUCGGCUACGGUGAGAACAAGGACUUCGUUGAGCUCAUGCGUCUCUACCUCACCAUCCACUCCGACCACGAGGGUGGCAACGUCAGCGCCCACACUACCCACCUUGUUGGCAGUGCUCUGAGCUCCCCCAUGCUCUCUCUCGCUGCUGGUCUCAAUGGAUUGGCUGGUCCUCUCCACGGAUUGGCUAACCAGGAAGUGCUCAACUGGCUCACCAAGAUGAAGAAGAGCAUUGGUAACGAUCUCAGCGACGGUGCCAUCAAGGACUACCUGUGGUCCACCCUGAACGCCGGUCAGGUUGUUCCCGGUUACGGUCACGCCGUCCUUCGUAAGACCGAUCCUCGCUAUGUUUCCCAGCGCGAGUUCGCUCUUCGCAAGCUGCCCGAUGACCCCAUGUUCAAGCUGGUCAGCCAGGUCUACAAGAUUGCCCCUGGUGUCCUGACCGAGCACGGCAAGACCAAGAACCCCUACCCCAACGUUGAUGCUCACUCUGGUGUUCUCCUCCAGUACUACGGCUUGAACGAGGCCAACUACUACACCGUCCUGUUCGGUGUUUCCCGCGCCCUUGGUGUUCUGCCCCAGCUGAUCAUCGACCGUGCCCUCGGCGCCCCCAUUGAGCGUCCCAAGAGUUUCAGCACUGAGGCCUAUGCUAAGCUCGUCGGUGCUAAGCUGUAA